AUGGGGAAUGGGCGAACAUGGUUGCCCUGCUCCAGAGGUGAAAGAUUCAGCGAGAUCGUCGGGUCUCCCUACUACAUGGCGCCUGAAGUCCUUAAGAGAAACUAUGGACAAGAAAUCGAAAUCUGGAGUGCAUGGGUCAUUCAUACUAUCGAGACGGACAAGGGCAUCGCGCAGGCCAUCAUCCGGUCACUCGUCGACUUGGAGCGCGAGCCUUGGCCCAAGGUGUCGGACAAUGCCAAGGAUCUCGUUAGCAAGAUGCUUGACAACAAUCCUUACGCUAGGUUAACGGCUCAGCAGGUUCUAGCUACUGUCAGAACGCACACUGUAUAUCCGUGGGUUUCUUUCUAG